CUUCCUUGAGGAAGUGGUGGCUUUCAGGGAUGUUGUGAAAAUUGAACCUAAGGAAGAUGUUGGUGUAUGGGUUCCAACUUCCCUUCAUGCCUCUGCACCUUCCACAGCCUCUCAGGAGAACGUUCGGAACGGCCAUGCCUUGCUUGGUCUCAGUGACCAGAGCAAAGGCCCAUCAGUGGGGGUAGGGCUCAGGGAGCUGUGUUUUUCUAGUGUUGGGAUUCAGGACGUUUUUUCAGGGCGCUCAGUGAAGGCCCUAGCAGGGAACUGUUGUUUCCUGGGGUCACGUCCAGUGAGUCAGUGUCAACUCUUGAACCAUCUCCUGUGGCUGGUGCCACUGGGGAAGGGCAAGCCUGGAAUCCAGGAAGCCACCUGCCCAGGGCAUGUGAGAUGGCCUCUUCAGCCCCCUCCCGCCAAUACCCAGCCUUGUCUCUGGUUUCCUGUCAGUCUGCACUCCCCAGGGAGGGGAGGGGUGGCUAAUCUCUGAUGCGUUGUGGAGGCGGGCUCCAAGACCGUUGGGCGCCCUGAGAUCUGACCCACGUGGCCUCAGGGUUAUAAGCCCUGCCCACCCUGAAGGGAACCCCACUUUGGAGCCUGUUCUUCUCAGCUCUACAGCAUCAGGUAAGACCUAAAUCUUCACUCUGGCCCCAACCAGGGCUCUUUAAUUCUGGGCCUAAGGGACAGUGAAGGGCUUACGGUUAGGGUGCAGGUUCUAAGUGGAGGUUCGGGACAGCAGGAGGUUACGGGAUUGGGUGCUGGGGCUCCCUAGCAAAGCUUUAGUCAAAGGAGCAAUGACGCUUGGACCCAUUGGCCUUCGUUGGGGGAAGCUUUUAAAUCUUUUAAAUCUUUUUUUUUUUUUUCUGGUGCCGAGGACCGAACCCAGGGCUUUGCGCCUGCUAGGCAAGCGCUUUACCACUGAGCUAAAUCCCUAACCCCGUCUUUUAAAUCUUCUAAAAACAUAAUUUUGAAAGGGAAAAUUACUUCUGGGCUCCCUCCUCCUGAAAAAAAGGAGCGUCUAAAGCUCCUAGGGAAGGAGGGUUGGCGAGUAGGGUGGAGUUGGGAGAGUGGGCAAAGGCUAAAAAAGCGAGACAGUAUCAGCAAUUGGUGCCCUGUUAUUUUUUCCACCCAACAUGGCCGCUAGUCCAUUUUGGAUUCCAGCUUGAGGAGCGGCCGGGAGUGAGGGAGUCAGAGGCCUUGGUCCAAUGGGGAGACUAGGGACAUGGGCUUCUGGGAGUCGAGGCCUCUGUCUAAUGGGAAGCCUGGGCACUGAGGCCUUUAAGGGAGGAGGCCGUGGCUGCCUCACUUGGAUUCAAGACAGUGUGGGUCAUAUGCCUGGGAGGCACCGCCCAGGAUGUUGCAGUUCUAAAGAUGGGGAUGAGCCCUUUGGAGUGGCCAUGGUCUCUACCUGAGUGUCCCUGAGAAGGGAGAGAAUAGGGUGGAAACCUGGAGGGGGGGAAGGGAAGAAGGUUACAAAGAGGAAGUUAGGCGGGGGUGGGGGGUGGGAAGAAGAGGCUAGUCUGGCGCCAUGCUGAGUCACCACCCACAAGGCCCAGGGCGGGCCCUCUAGGGGGCCAUAGGCAGGGUGGAGGGGUCCUUGGGAAGUUACAAGGAGGGUGGGGGCAGGGGCCUUUAUUAAAGCAGGAGUCCGAAAGAAGAGCAGGUGGCCUGAAGAAUCCCCGUGGACAGACAGACAGACAGUGCAGUCACCCAUAAAGUAGAAAGCACUACUAACAGCACUGGAGGGUGUAGUGUUUCCUACUUUAUGGAUGAGUGUACUGUGGGCUUCGGAGAUCACGCCACACCGCGGCCCCCUGCCACCGCCUUCCUCUACCCCAACAUCAAGGAGACAGGUGAGCAUCUCUUGAACCUCUUCAUUUGGCCAGCCCCUACCCCCCGAAAGACCAUCACCGCUCCCCAAAGCACUGUGCUUCCUGACUCCAGAUACUUGGGGAAACACCACAGCCGCUCUCUCGAAUUCAAGUCGGGUAUGGGGUGGGGCUGGAUGUGUGGGUCUUGUCCUGCACCGCAGGCAGACUGGGGAUUCCAGAAGGGAGCCCAGAUGGAUGGGAUUGGGUGAAGGUCACAGGGCCCUCAACACUAAUAAAGAAUGGACUUGUUUCACUUUUGUCUGAGACUCUGUUAUUGGGGUUAUGUGAGUUACCCGGAUGCCUGGGAACAGAACUGACCAAGAGAGAAAGGCUGGCCUCACUGACAUGAGCAGAAGACUUUGACCUGACUAGGACACAGCCUGGGGGUGGAAAGGCUUGGGCCGCCCGAAGCAGACUUUCUGGCAAAGUGAACAAAGGGGAUAAGGGGGCCUCUAUGUUUGACCCUAAUUUCGGUGCCAGCUUCCUUUUACUCUGUAUACCUCCAAAAUGACGGCUGCUUGCCUCUGGUUUUGGUCUAAGAAAGUCUAUAGUAGUGGUUCUCAACCUUCCUAAUGCUGCCACCCUUUAAUACGAUUCCUCGUGGUUGUGACCCCCAACCAUAAGAUUACUUUCAUUGUUGCUUCAUUCAAGUGUCAUUUUGCUACUGUUAGGAAUUGUAAUAUCUGUUUUCUGAUGAUCCUGGGCCACACUGUGAAAGGGUUUAUCCCCUAAGGGAUCCCAGCCCAUACCUUGAGAACCACUGGACCACUGGUGUAGAGGAUCCUUGUUGGUGUAGGAGUUGGGCAAAACCACGAUAGCACAGUGUGUGUGUGCCCAUCUGCUUUGUACACAUCAACACAGGUCAUUGGUGUUAAUUGAUAAAGCGCACAUUCACCAGGGCCUGUAUACAGAUGCCAGCAACACGCACAAACUAUGACAUAGAGACACUGAGACAUGGCUGGCAUAACAUGGGUAUACAGUCACCUGGGACAAACACAACACCAUGUUCAAUAGAACUUACACAUAUAAUGGCAUAUCAUGCCAAAGAAUAUUUCCAUUGGUGACAUUCACAUGCAGUGGCUUCCUGUACAUAUGACACACCAAAAGCGAGAUCAAGAUCUCUCUGGAUUGCCACAAGGAUUAAUUGGAAAAAAAUAUUUUUACUGGUGCAUGUGAGUGCGGGUAUCCUGUGCUGUGGUAUGCCUAUAGGACCAGAGAACACCUUGCAUGAGGGAGUUCUCCAUUUUGGCCAUGUGGUUACUGGGGAAUCAAACUCCAGUGGUCAGGCUUGGUGGUGGCAAAUAUGUCCACCCACAGAGCCAUCCUACUGACCAGAUUGAAAAAGUAUUUUUAAUUACAAGCCAGCUGUAGAUGUCUACAACCCCAGCAGCUGGAAGGGGAAGGACGGGUCUAAGCUAAGCAAGACCCUAUCAGAAAGGAAGUUGUCUUUUUAUAACUCGUAGACUUGUCAUUCUCGUGAUUUCCUCAAUAGUACGGCAUAGUCAUUAGCGUUCACAUUGUAUUAUAAAGCAGGCAUCGUAAACAACCCAGAGAGGAUUUAAAGCACAAGGGAGGGCUAAGGAUACAGCUGGGUGGCAGAGUGCUAGCCUAGCAUGCAGGAGACCUUGUGUCUACAGGAGGUGCCUAAACUGCGUGCAGAUAUUCACCAUAUUACAUGAAAGGACUUAAGUGUCUGAGAACUAGGUGGGGCAUCCUGAGGGGAUCUUAUAGACAAUCCCCAUUAAACAUGGAGAGGUGAAAAAAUGUAUAUAUGGAGAUAGCAUGCAUGCACUUCAUGCCUGGCUAGUAUAUCAUCAUAUACAUAAUCAUUGUAUGCCAUCAUACAUUAUUACAUGACAAUGCAUGUCAUAAUGUGUUAGUGCUAUAUAAUGGCAUAGAUCUCUGUGAUUAAUGGCCUGAUAUAAUUGAAAAAUACAAUGAUACUCAUAAUUGCAUGCACAGAGACAUACAAUGACACAGGAAAACGUGCAGAUACAUAUCCAAUGAAAUUCAUAGGCAAAACAGCACACAUACAUGCAAUGAUCGUGUGUACACAAGGCAUAGAUACAUAUAUACACUCUUCUAUGCUAUACAUAUACUAUGUAUAUGACAUGCAUAUACAUGCGGACCUAAAGCUGCAUGACAUCGCAUGUACGUUGAUGUUUACACUGCUUUAGAGAAAAUGAAUGUUACCUUAUCCCUAUGCAACUCCCAUCCCUCCCCGGUUCCAUCGGCUCUGGCCUGGGUGGAGCCUACCAACCGAGGUGGGGGCUGUUCUCUACGGUGUAGCUGCUAUUCCAUACGGGUGCCACAUGAGGGCCCUGGACCUUGGCUUGAGACUGGCUUGUCUUGCUGCGUCCAGGAGCAACGUUCUUAUCUCUAGAGAUCUAGGUGCCCCACAUACAGGCAGACACCUGGGUGGGGCAGUUCCUAUGUCCUUGUUCCCAAAAGCCAUUUUCUCAUAGCAAAAAAUAAAUAAAGCCUAAGGCUAGACAGAAGAUGAACUUCCUGGCAGUUGAAGGCAAAACCAGCCCAACAGGUCCCCGUCUCGUGGCCUUCCCUGCUGGCCUGUGAAGGUUGGCUGCUCUGUCCCCCAAAUGUGAUCUGCCUUGGAGGAGCUGGGCCUGCCAGCCGGUCCAGCCCACCAGUCCAGCGCCAUCGCCAUGGAAACCAGCAGCUGACUUCCUAUUGGUGGGCAGGAGGGGAGGAGGAGGGGGAAGGGAGGGAUGAUGAUUCUCCCCUGCUCCCCCCUCCCCAUUCUGAGGCUCUGCCCUCCUUCGUGCCCACUAUCUCAUUUGGGGAGCUCCGGGACCGAGAGGGACCCCUGCAGUCCCUCGAGCUGAGACUAGCUGAGGCAGAGACUAUGAGGCAAGCGGCUCAUCGACCCAGGCCUCCUUAGGACCGCCCAGCCACCCAGCAAGCAAGUGAUCGGCGGCAGCGGAGGGAGAAGCUGGAGAUAAAGGACCACAGUGGACCACUAGGGAUCAUUCCCAGAAACUCCUGAAGACCCUAUCCAGGCAGAGGGGUCCUGAUGGAUGGCCAGACCCACAGACACUGAAAGACACACACCACUACAGCUACACGGGGCUUCACAACACCGAGAUAGGACCAACGACAGCAUCACAUAUUGCCACAGCCCUGCAAUACAGACAGCCCCUACCCCACGCAGAAAUAACUGGUAACUCUUAAAUAGGCACAGACAGUGACACAUAGCACCACCCUUCUCAACACACAAGUGGGGGUAUUCAUCCUCCAAUCACACCAUAAGACAUCACUGACCUGCAGGGACAGACCUGGAGGCACACGUACACAUAUCUUCAGCCAGGCAUUCCUGGUGGUGGCCUCUGCACCCUCCCCCACCCCAGGGACACCCUUGUCCCCCACACACGUACGCUCUCUCUCUCGCGCGCACACACACACACACACACACACACACACACACACACACACACACACACAAAACCAUGAGUAAACAUAGCUGACAUACCCCCAGCUCUAGUCUGGCAACCCUGAUACCUUCUGAAGCCUCAUUCGUGGGUGGGAAGAGCUCAGCCAACCUCUGAUGGAGCCUCAGUGAAGCCAAACGCUUACAGGGAGAAUGGUCUAGUCUGGCAUGACCCCUGUCAGCCUCCCUGCUUGGCUGGGUGAUGUCCCCAGGUCCAGGUUCUGGGGCCCCUUGCCGAAACCAUGGAGCAACUGACAACCCUUCCACGGCUUGGAGACCCUGGAGCUAUGGAGCCAUGGGCACUGCCUGCCUGGCAGCACUGGACUCAGGGCCAGGGUUGCAAACCUGGAGAUGCAUCUGCCAGCAUUGCUGCUACUCCGACAGCUCUGCAGGUUAAAGGAUUGAGGUCUGAAGAGAGUUCUGAGCCUGCGGGAGCCCAUAGCCCUGGGCCUAUCAGGAAUACUGACCCUGAAGGGACAGAGACCGUGCUGCCCAAGCUGGGGCAGCAAGCAGAGAGCCCUGGGUACAGCUGCUCCAGGCUGGAGGGUGAGGAUGCACAGGCUUAUAAGGCCAAGUUCAACAUAGGCUUCGGGGACAGGCCUAAUCUGGAGCUGCUGAGGGCCCUAGGAGAGCUGCAACAGCGCUGUACCAUCCUGAAGGAGGAAAACCAGAUGCUGAGAAAAAGCAGCUUCCCAGAGACGGAGGAGAAGGUACGGAGGCUAAAGCGGAAGAAUGCUGAACUGGCGGUCAUUGCCAAGCGCCUGGAGGAGAGGGCACAGAAGCUGCAGGAAACCAACAUGAGGGUGGUGAGUGCCCCUGUGCCCCGACCCGGAUCCAGUUUGGAGUUGUGCCGUAAGGCUCUAGCUCGCCAGCGAGCCCGAGACCUCAGUGAGACAGCCACUGCACUGUUGGCCAAGGACAAACAGAUUGCUGCCUUGCAGCGGGAGUGCAGAGAGCUGCAGGCCAGACUCUCUCUGGUGGGCAAGGAAGGUCCCCAGUGGCUGCAUAUGCGGGACUUCGACCGGUUGCUGCGCGAGUCCCAACGGGAGGUGCUGCGGCUGCAGAGGCAAAUCGCCCUGCGCAACCAGCGGGAGCCCCUCCGGCCAGCCCGGUCCCAGGGUUCUACUGCCCCCUCCAGCGUAGGGGCGCCGGCCCCCGGGGCCCCGGGAGAGACCGUACUUGAGGAUGAUGUGGAGAGCCCACAGGUGGUCCUAGGGGAACCAGAGAAACAGCUAAGGGUGCAGCAGCUGGAGUCUGAGCUCUGCAAAAAGCGAAAGAAAUGUGAGAGCCUGGAGCAGGAAGCCAGGAAAAAGCAGAGGCGAUGUGAGGAGCUGGAACUACAGCUGAGGGCAGCCCAGAAUGAAAAUGCCCGCCUGGUGGAGGAGAACUCUCGGCUUAGUGGGAAAGCCACAGAGAAGGAGCAGGUGGAGUGGGAGAAUGCAGAGCUGAAGGGACAGCUCCUGGGGGUGACACAGGAGAGGGACUCAGCCCUUAGGAAGAGCCAGGGCCUGCAAAGCAAGCUGGAGAGCCUGGAGCAGGUGCUGAAGCAUAUGCGGGAGGUGGCCCAGCGGAGGCAACAGCUGGAGGAGGAGCAUGAACAGGCGAGGCUCAGCCUGCAGGAGAAGCAGGAGGAGGUCCGGAGGCUGCAGCAGGCCCAGGCAGAAGCCAAGAGAGAACAUGAGGGAGCAGUACAGCUGCUGGAGUCUACCUUGGAUUCCAUGCAGGCCCGGGUUCGAGAGCUUGAGGGCCAGUGUCGAAGCCAAACUGAGCGCUUCAGCCUUCUGGCACAGGAGCUCCAGGCCUUCCGUCUGCACCCAGGUCCUCUGGAUUUGCUCACUUCAGCCCUGGGAUGUAAUGCCCUUGGAGACCAUCCACCACCCCACUGUUGUUGCUCCUCCCCUCAGCCCUGCCAGGGGUCCGGCCCCAAAGAUCUUGACCUCCCACCGGGCUCCCCAGGACGCUGUACCCCCAAAUCUUCUGAGCCUGCUCUUGCUACUCUUACUGGAGUCCCUCGAAGGACAGCUAAGAAGGCGGAGUCUCUUUCUAAUUCUUCUCGCUCAGAGUCCAUCCACAACAGCCCCAAGUCCUGUCCCACACCAGAGGUGGACACAGCCAGUGAGGUGGAGGAGCUGGAAGUAGACAGCGUCUCCCUGCUCCCAGCAGCUCCAGAGGGCCACUCGGGAGGAGCCAGAAUCCAGGUCUUCCUAGCACGCUAUAGCUACAACCCCUUUGAGGGUCCCAAUGAGAACCCAGAGGCUGAGCUUCCGCUGACAGCCGGCGAGUACAUCUACAUCUAUGGUAACAUGGACGAGGAUGGCUUUUUUGAAGGGGAGCUCAUGGAUGGCCGAAGGGGCCUGGUCCCCUCCAACUUUGUAGAGCGUGUGUCUGAUGACGACCUCCUGUCCACCCUCCCUCGGGAGCUGGCCGAUUCAUCGCAUAGCUCUGGCCCUGAACUCAGUUUCCUGAGUGGAGGCGGGGGUGGUUGCAGUAGUGGGGGCCAGAGCAGCGGGGGACGUAGCCAGCCCAGACCAGAGGAGGAGGCUACGGGAGAUGAACUCAGUCUGAGCCCCCCACCAGAGGGACUGGGUGAGCCUCUGGCUGUGCCUUACCCCCGACAUAUCACGGUUCUCAAGCAGCUAGCCCACAGUGUGGUGCUGGCUUGGGAGUUGCCUCCUGAGAGAGUAGAUCUACGUGGCUUCCAUAUCUUUGUCAAUGGGGAACUUCGUCAGGCCUUGGGGCCUGGGGUGCCCCCCAAAGCUGUGCUUGAAAAUAUGGACCUGCGGGCAGGGCCCCUCCAUGUGUCUGUCCAGGCCCUAACCAGCAAGGGCAGCUCAGAUCCUCUGCGCUGUUGCCUGGCUAUGGGUGCUGGAGCUGGGGUGGUACCCAGCCAGCUACGGAUCCAUCGGCUGACAGCCACAUCUGCUGAGAUCACCUGGGUGCCAGGGAAUAGCAACUUGGCCCAUGCCGUCUACCUCAAUGGAGAAGAGUGCCCACCUGCCCGCCCCAGCACCUACUGGGCAACCUUUUGUAACCUGAGGCCUGGCACACUCUAUCAGGCCCGAGUGGAGGCUCAGAUCCCAUCUCAGGGGCCUUGGGAACCAGGCUGGGAGAGGCCAGAGCUUCGAGCUGCUACCUUGCAGUUCACCACACUUCCAGCAGGCCUGCCUGACGCCCCUCUGGAUGUACAGGCUGAACCAGGACCCUCUCCUGGAAUUGUAAUGAUCAGCUGGCUCCCUGUUACCAUUGACGCUGCUGGUACCUCCAAUGGUGUCCGGGUUACAGGCUACGCAGUCUAUGCUGAUGGGCAGAAGAUUAUGGAGGUGGCUUCCCCCACAGCAGGCAGUGUGCUGGUGGAGGUGUCCCAGCUGCAGCUGCUGCAGGCCUGCCACGAGGUGACUGUACGCACUAUGUCACCCCAUGGCGAGUCCACUGACUCCAUCCCGGCCCCUGUUGCCCCAGCCCUGGCUUCUGCCUGCCAGCCAGCCAGGAUGUCCUGUCUCUCACCACGACCAAGCCCAGAGGUCAGAACACCCCUUGCUUCAGUCUCCCCAGGGCUUGGGUAUACCAGCCUUCCCCUCCGGCAUCCUGUCCCCCAUGGAACUCAAGAUUCCCCUGCAAGCCUUUCCACAGAGAUGUCCAAAGGGCCCCAAGAGGAGCCUCCGGUCCCUUGCUCUCAGGAAGAGGCUGGGUCAGCUGUGCAUCGAACCUCAGAAGAGAAGAGGGCUAUGGAGCCAACUCUGGGCCAGGAAGGCCCUGACCCUGUGGCUCCCUUCCUGGCUAAGCAGGCAGUGGAGUGCACUUCAGGAGAUGCUGGCCCCACACCUUGCUCUACCCAAGAAGAACUGACCCAGAAGGAGCCAAGUACUGAAGUCUGCCACCGGGGAGAUCUGGAUUCCGAGCUGAAACUCAGAUCUGAGAAAGAAGGUAUGUCAGAGCUUGGAGUUCACCUGGUGAAUUCCCUUGUGGAUCACAGCCGCAACUCAGACUUAUCAGACAUCCAGGAAGAAGAGGAAGAGGAGGAAGAGGAAGAGGAACUGGGUUCCAGGCCUUGUUCUUUCCAGAAGCAGGUUGCUGGCAACAGCAUCGGGGAGAAUGGAGCCAAGCCCCAGCCAGACCCCUCUUGUGAGACUGACAGCGACGAGGAGAUCUUGGAGCAGAUACUGGAGUUGCCUCUCCAGCGGCUGUGCAGCAAGAAGCUGUUCAGCAUCCCCGAGGAGGAAGAAGAGGAGGAUGAGGAGGAAGGGCUGGGGAAACCAGGGCCCAGCAGCUCUUCCCAAGACCCUAGCCAGCCUGAACGUGCAUUGCUAGGUCUGGACUGUGAGAGCAGUCAGCCCCAGGGACCUGGCCUAUGUCCCUUGUCUCCUGAGCUCUCCGGGGCCAGGGAGCACCUGGAGGAUGUGCUAGGAGUAGUUGGUGGAAACAGCCGGAGGAGAGGAGGUUGUUCCCCUGAGAAACUCCCAAACCGCAAACGACCUCAGGACCCCCGAGAACAUUGCAGCCGGCUUCUUGGCAAUGGCGGGCCCCAGACCUCUGCCCGACCAGUCCCUCCACGGGACAGGGGCAGCCUCCCUGUGAUUGAAGGCACCAGGGUUGGACAGGAGCCUGGUGGGAGAGGGCGGCCGGGUCUUUCCCGGAGGUGUCCCCGUGGCCCUGCUCCAGAAUCCAGCUUGGUCAGCUGCCUCUCUCCAAAGUGUUUGGAGAUCAGCAUUGAGUAUGAUUCUGAGGAUGAACAGGAGGUGGGCAGCGGGGGUGUCAGCAUCAGCAGCUCCUGUUACCCCACAGAUGGGGAGGCCUGGGGCACAGCGGCCGUAGGAAGGCCCAGGGGACCUGUGAAGGUCAAUUCGGGCUCCAACACCUACCUGCGCCUCCCGGCCUGGGAGAAAGGGGAACCAGAGCGGAGAGGCCACAGUGCGAUUGGCCGAACCAAGGAGCCGCCCUCCCGGGCAACAGAAACUGGGGAGUCCAGAGGGCAGGACAACUCUGGGCGGAGAGGACCCCAGAGGAGAGGGGCCCGGGUGCUUAGGACUGGUACCACUGAGCUGGCCCCUCCAAGGAGCCCCCAAGAAGCACCAUCUCAUCAAGACCUACCCUUGAGGGUCUUUGUGGCUCUGUUUGACUAUGACCCUAUUUCAAUGUCACCGAACCCUGAUGCUGGAGAAGAGGAACUGCCCUUCAGGGAGGGCCAGAUCCUCAAGGUGUUUGGAGACAAAGACGCUGAUGGUUUCUACCGGGGCGAAAGUGGGGGCCGCACAGGCUACAUCCCCUGCAACAUGGUGGCCGAGGUGGCUGUGGACACUCCAAUAGGGAGACAACAGCUGCUCCAGCGAGGUUUCUUGCCCCCAAAUGUCCUCACCCAGGGCUCGGGGAACGGUCCCUCUGUGUACCCCUCAGCCCACACACCUGGGCCUCCCCCCAAGCCUCGCCGGUCCAAGAAAGCCUGGGACAAAGAGGGAAAGGCAAGCAGGACUCAGAGGUACCUUCUGUCCACAGUGGAGCUGGAAGAUCCUGCACAGCUCUGUCCAGGUCCUCCUAAGCUGAUCCAUUCUGCUGCCCUGAAAACCUCCCGACCUAUGGUGGCUGCAUUCGACUACAACCCUCGGGAGAACUCCCCCAACAUGGAUGUGGAGGCAGAGCUGCCCUUCCGAGCAGGGGAUGUCAUUACUGUGUUUGGGAAUAUGGACGAUGAUGGUUUCUACUAUGGGGAACUGAAUGGACAAAGGGGCCUGGUUCCAUCCAACUUCCUGGAGGGCCCUGGGCCUGAGGCAGGCGGCCUAGACUCUGGGACAUCUCAAGCUGAGAGUCAGGACUCUAGAGUCAUCAUACAAGGGCCUCCAGUGCCCCCAGGCUGGCACUAUGCCCUCAGCUCUGGAAGUUCCUCCAAGACCAAACUGGGGGAGUCGCAGGGCAUAGCUGAGAAGAAGCAGGGUCUCCUCGCCAAAGGAAAGGAACUCCUCAAAAGGCUGGGCUCCAGAAAAGACUGAGGCUGUCAUCUGUCCUACAGGCAGACGUGGCCCCUGGGAGCUCCAGAUCAACUCAGUGUCUGGACAGGGAAACCCAACUCCUGUUCUCUGAGCAAACUGGCACUCAAAGGGAUCCAGGGGACCUGGUGAGGGUGGAGUGACUGCAUCUUUAGUAAGGAGCCCUCUAGAUGGGCUCUUCCAGCGGGGAACUGAGCCCCAGAGUAAGUAAUCAAGCACCAAGCACUGUCAGAUCAGGACUGGACCCACGCCUCUGGAUUCCCAGUCUGUCCUCCUAAUCUACUCCUGAUUUCCUACCUUGUUCUGUAGGUUCCUUCUUGGUCUUCUGCUCCAAGGAUAGGCCCUGGGUGGAGACAGGGACCACUCUAAGGAUGGCUCUGGCUGUCCUCGUUUGCACUGGACUGUCCCCUGGGGCAGGGGCAGAGCCAUGUAUAUAUGUACAUACUCAGUGCCUCAGUCCAGCUCCUCCAUCUGCUUCACCCCACAGGCCAGGGGAGGAGAAAGGCCAUGCCAAAGCGGGCCUGACCCCACCCCAUAGUGCUCCACCCCUCCCUGCCCAGGCCACCUGGCCUCUGUGUGAUCCUAUCCCCCCAAACCCAGGGGACCAGGGGGCAGAAAGCAGGAGUUGGGUUUGCCUUAUUUUGCUCAUUGGAUUCAACUUCUCUCUUGCAUCAUUUUCUUCCAGUCCCUUUGGGGUCCAGGGGCUGAGAGAAAGGACGGAUUUAUACAGCUAUUUUCAUACAUUCCCUGUUCGGAGUGGGUAGGGGUGUCUCCCCUUACUCUAACCAUCCCAUCCUCCUCCCCUUGUCUGGGCGAGUCUCUUUGCAUGUUUUCUUUGCUGUGGUGGGAGAUGUUUGAUUGAACCCUCACCCCUACCCUGGUCUCCAGGGGUGUUGGAUGGUGGGGGCAUUUGUUUAAAAAGACAUUUUACUAUAAUAAAGUCUAUUUUCACAAAAUUGA